AUGUUCAACAACACGCUGAAUCUGACCACCAACUCCACCGGCCCGGAUGGCCCCCACGGACCUCCGCCCUGGUACGAGUUCCCAGAGUGUGCCGUGGCCCCGUACGCCUUCAUUUUCUACUUCGGGGCCAAGGUGUUCAACCUGGCGGUGGGGACCCCCUGUAACGUCCUGGUGAUGUGGCAGAUCGCCACGAAGAAGAGCGACGCCUCCACCUCUGACCACUUCAUCUUCUGCCUGGCCAUCGUGGACGCCUACUUCUGCCUGAUGACGCCCGUGGACAUGGUCAACCGCCUGCUGCUGGAUGACAGUCGCAUCUGGAUAUUUCAGCGAUUCGGGUACGGGAUCAAAAACGGUGCACCACUCUUCUUGGUGUGCAUUUGCUUGGACCGCUACAUGGCUGUGGUCCACCCGAUACUAUUCACCAGAAUCCGCGACAACAAGAUUCGCAUCGGCAUCUCCGUGGUGGUCUGGAGCCUCAUCCUGGCCUACGCCAUCAGCACGUGCACCCUGGCAAUGGUGACCACCAGCAAGAUCUUCAGCGGCAUCAUCCUCUUCGCCUUCGCGGUCAUGGUUUUCUGCAACAUCUCCGUCAUCUGGGUGCUCCGCCGCUCCGUGGCGGGGAAGGAGAAGAUGCACCCCGUGAAGAAGAAGGCCUUCAGGAUGGUGCUGACCAUCCUGGCCAUCAUCGUGUUCAACUACCUGCCGCCCGUGGCACUCAUCCCCUUCGUGGAGUACUACACGUUUGUGGAGUAUCGCUGCCAGAUCAGCACCAGCGUGUUCGCCAUCAUGGACCUGAGCUGCAGCAUCGAGCCUCUUCUCUACCUCACGAAGAUGGAGGGUUUGGAAGGCAAGUGCUGCGGGCGGAGCGUGUCCAAGAAGCCAGGCGAUGUCAAGGUGUAA